AUGGUGACGCAGACGUUCUGCAACUUGGCGGCCCGCAACAGCAACAUCAGUCGCGAUGUGGCCGAUCUGACCGUCCAUUACUGCCGUGACGCCCUGGCCAACCUGGAAGAAGUCAGCCAUGGAAACGAGGAACGGCGGCGCCAAGCUGAAACGGCGGCCAGGUUUCGCGAGCAGGUGGACACGAGACUCUCCAACUUGCGGGAGAGUAUCGAAAGGGUGAGUGAUCAGGUUCGCCAGUCGGGAGGGGGGAUGGCGGAGGGCACGUUAAAGGGGGUGGAAGAGAGGUUGAGAGAGGUUCUGAGAGAAGACUCUGAGCGGCGGAACAGGGAUAGACUGCAGGACGAGGAGCGGAGGCAGAAGGCCACGAGGAAGGAAGCAGACGCCGCAGAGAGACGGAAGAAGGAACAACAACAGGAGGAAGAGCGUCGGCAGAAGGAGAUGAGAGAGGGAAUGAAGGAGAUGAAGGAGGCGAUGAUGGAGAUGAAGGCAGAAAUGAAGGAGAUGAAGGAUGGGAUGGUAAACCAGAUUGUGGGGAGGUUGAGCGCGGUUUUGCGAGAAGAAUCCGAGCGGCAGAAGAAGGCAAGGCAAGAGGACGCGGAGCGGCGACAACAGCAAGACGCGAAGAGGAAACAAGUGGCGGACGACGAGGAGAGAGAGAAGAAGAAACAACUGGACGAGCAAUGGCGGAAGGAGGAAGUGGAGAAGAGGAAGGAUGUAGAGGCCACAGAGGAGCGGAGGAAGAAGAAACAUCAGGAGGAAGAGCGAUGGCAGAAGGAGGUGGAGGCGGGAAUGAAGGAAGUGAUGGAGGCUGUGAAGGAGAUGAAGACGGGGAUGAAGGGGUGGAAGGAGGGGAUGCUAAGUGAGGGUAGGAAGGCAACGGAGGGAGAUCGGCGACAGAAGGAGGAUGCGCAGAGGAAGGAGGCUGAGGAGGACGAUCGGGAGGAAAGGGAGAAACAACAGGAGAAGGAGCACCAGCAAAAUGAGGAGGCGCAGAGGAAGGAGGCAGAGGAAGCAGAGCGGGUGGAGAGGGAAAAACAGCAGGAGAUGGCGCGCCUGCAGAAGGAGGAGGCGCAGCGGAAAGAUGCAGAGGAGGCCGAGAGGCAGGAGAGGGAGAAACAGCAGGAGAUGGCGCGCCUGCAGAAGGAGGAGAGGCAGAGGAAGGAGGCAGAGGAGGUAGAGCGGCAGCAGAGGGCGAAACAGCAGGAAUUGGACCGCCUGCAGAAGGAGGAAGCGCAGAAGAAGGAGGCAGAGGAGGCCGAGCGGCAGCAGCGGGCGAAACAGCAGGAGAUGGAGCGCCUGCAGAAGGAGGAGGCGCAGAAGAAGGAGGCAGAGGAGGCCGAGCGGCGGCAGAGGGCGAAACAGCAGGAGAUGGAGCACCUGCAGAAGGCGGAGCAGUGCCGAGCAAAGAAGAGGGCCAGACUUGCAUCCUACGCGGAACAGCAGCGGCAACUGGAGGCAAAGGCAAAGGCGAUGGCUGAAGAGACGGAACGAUUGGCAAGGGAGAUGGAAGAGGAGGAUUUGACCAUGCAGGGGGAGGGGACCUGGAAGGGAGUCGAGGAGGAAAUAGCUGAGGGCCUGGGGAGUUUGCUGUUGAUUGAGAGCGGGGAGGCGAAUGUAGCAGAGGGCGUGGCUAUUGUUCCCGGACAGAACGUAGAGGUGUCCAGGAGGCGGCCUAGACAGGAGGACAGGGAGCCGGAGGGUCAUGCGGCUAAGAGACGGCGUGCAGCUGGUAUACAGGAGUUGAUACCGAUAAUCCCAGGGGAAAAGAAAGGGAUGAAGAUCGACAAGUGUGACAACAGGAAAAACGCCGUAGUGGACGACAAGGGUAAGACUUUGGGUGUCUGCCUGCCGUUCAGGGGAAGCGGGUUCUCUCAACGGGGCGAGGGAGCAUUGCAUAAGUGGACGUCUGAGCAGACCGUCGGUGACCGGAAGCGGAACCUCGGCUCUCACAAAACGGUGUGGGAGAGGGCAUACACGGUCGUAGUCUGCUGGAAGUUCUAUUUCCCGGAUAUUGACAUGCAGGCAUACGGCAUGAAUCCAAACCGUAUUAACAAGUGGCGGGAAGACCUCGACUUCACAACGUGGCUUCCAACAGGGGUGUGGAGCGUCAUCAACGAGCUCCACCUGGAUAAACCGGACGGAUUCUCACUCGUUCAAACCAACACGGCUCUUCGGCAGCAGCAGGGGGAUGGCUUUCAGGUAGCUGCCUGCGCUGGUGUCGGAAUAACUGCGUGGCAGAAGAUGGUGGGAGGCGUGGAGGGUGAAAACGGCUAUUCGACGGAAGAACACGCAGUCGGACUUGCCGCCACAUUGUCUGUAAUGUGGGCCGCAUCCACGAAUGUGGACCAGACCCAGUGGGAGACGGGCGCAACAUCAGCUGCACGUGGAACUUCUACGGCCAUAGCAUCUUCUGCUGCCAGAUCGUCCACUGCUGCCACCGCCUCGUCGGCUGCCUCGUCAUCUUCUGCGGCCGAUGUGACCUCUGCCGUCCUCGAUGCCCUUGCGACGCUUGCAGCCUCAGUUGCUUGCGCUGCGGUUGAGGCGAUGAGGUUGGUCAAGGAUCAGGAGCAUGACAAGGAAGCGUGGAUUCUGCCCCUGUCGAAUGCGCUGCUGAAAGCGCUUCCGGCAGAGUCGCGAGCGGCCGGGGAUACAAAGCGGAUGACAAGGGUGGUGGCAAAGGUGGUGACCUCUUGGUGCCUAUGUAGCAUGGCAUCAAGAGGCCUUCGCCAGCACCAGGGCGUCUGCCUCGGAGUCCUGCAGAAGAAGUUGGGCGGCCGGGAUACCACAACACGGGCGGAUAAGGAGAAGAAAACCAAGAAAUCGUCCGCGAAGGGGAACGCGACGAAGGAUGCGUCGACGGAGGAGAACACCGGCACUGGCGGCCAGGAGUGA